GUCAAAUUAGUGUCAGUUUUACACCGAUUUGUUCACGCGUGCGAUGUUUUUAUUGCGAAAUUAAAGAUAAAUAACUUAAAUAAAAUACAAUUUGACAAUGCUGCGUCGGCAGGCGCGUUUGCGCCGUGAAUACUUGUACAGAAAGUCUGUGGAAGACAAACAAAAGAAUAUUCAAGCAAAAAAAGAUCAACUCAAACGGUGUUUGGAAGAAAACAUUCCUAUUCAUGGAGAUUUGAGAAAGGAGGCGCUUGCUUUACAAAAGAGGAUUGACUAUGAAGAUAAAGGACCUGAGAGAGCAGCAGUGAUCGGUAGCUUCAGUGGCGGAGCAAACACACAGAGCUCUCAGGACGAUGAGUACAGAUACGCUGGAGUGGAAGACCCUAAGAUCAUGAUCACAACGUCCAGGGAGCCGAGCGCAAGGCUUAAGAUGUUUGUUAAGGAACUUAGGUUAAUAUUCCCAAACAGUCAGCGUAUGAACCGUGGUGGCUAUGAGAUGUCUCAGCUGAUACACGCGUGUCGCGCCAAUGAGGUCACUGACUUCAUUGUGGUGCAUGAACACAGAGGUGUUCCUGAUAGCUUGGUAAUCUGCCACCUACCAUACGGCCCCACAGCAUCAUUCACGCUCUCAGGUGUGGUGAUGCGUCACGAUAUACCAGACAUCGGUCCCAUGAGUGAACAGUUCCCGCAUUUAGUGUUCCACAACUUUAAGACUGAGCUUGGUCUAAGAACAAUGAGUAUACUGAAGUACUUGUUCCCGGUGCCCAAGCCUGACUCCAAACGAGUGAUCACGUUUGCUAACAAUGAUGACUACAUCUGCUUCAGACAACAUACUUAUAGAAAGGCUGGUAAAGACAUAGAACUAUCAGAAAUAGGUCCCCGCUUCCAGAUGAAGCUUUACGAGAUAAAGUUGGGCACACUGGACGCACUGGACGCGGCCGACACUGAGUGGGCGUUACGGCCGUACAUGAACACCGCGGCCAAGCGGAGGUUCUUGAGCAAUGACGAUGGAUGGCAAGAGGAACAAUAAAUAUAUAUUUUGGAAUAA